AUGGCCGCCGACGGUGCUCCGACACAUGCAGGCCGCGGCAGCAGCAGCAGCGGCGACGGCGGCGAGCGGAGGAAUAGCAGCAACAUCAACUCGACGCCACCGGCACCCUCAGCGCCGUCAUCGUCAUCAGGCAUGCCCUCCAGGAACCCGCUACCGCUCUCUGCCAGUCAGGAAGCGCAGGUGCGCGAGGUGUUCAACAAGAGGGUGCGGGACCAGUGUGCGGAUGAGAUUAAAGCUUUCGCAGACUGCGCCCGCGGCCGCACGUUCACGAUCCCUUUCGCCUGCCGCGCGAUAUCGACCAAGAUGAACUCAUGCAUGGCGUUGCACGCAACGCCCGAGGAGCACGACCGGGCACGCGAGGAGUGGUUCGCGCAGCGCAUGGUGCGCGCCAGGGAGCGCGAGAUGAAGGAGCGCCGCAAGAUCGAGCAGGAGAAGUUCCACCGCGAGUGGUGGGGGCUGCCAGACCAGGAUCCGGAGAGGCUCAAGGCGCAGCUCGAGAAGCUCGAGCGGCCAGAGAGGAUUGGUGGCAAGGUUGUCAGGAAAGCUCCGGAUGCCUCGGCCGCCGCACCGUCGUCGUCCUCGCCCUCCCAAAGCAGGUGA